AUGAGAUAAUAAUAUAAAAACUUUAAUAACAAGGCUUAAAUAUAUUUUCUUUGUCUGAAAAUCAAAACUUCAAUGUUAUUGCAUUAGUAUAUUGAUAGUAAACUUGAGAUAAAGCCAAUUUAAUAAUGAGUACAAUCGUAACUGCUACAAACUAAAUAAUAUUUAUCUUAUGUCAGAUUUUUAAGUAAAUUACAUAAUUCUGUAUUCGUGUAACGUUGGUUGGCUACUUAAAGGCGCAAACCUAACCUGUAAACCACAAAAAUGUCAAGAACAGUAAAUAUUUUCCGUAAAUUCUCCACAGUUUCGUUGUGUUUUGUUCCUAAACACGAGCCGGUGAACGACAGAGACGUGCAAAUCCUGAAAAAAUUCAUCCAAUCCUCGGACAAAAUAGCAAUAUUGACUGGUGCUGGUAUUUCCACCGAAUCUGGAAUCCCCGACUACCGUUCAGAAGACGUCGGGCUGUAUGCCAGAUCGAACCGACGGCCCAUACAAUAUCAGGACUUCCUUAAAAACAGCAGUACAAGAAGGAGAUACUGGGCAAGGAAUUACGUUGGUUGGCCGCGAUUUUCAAGCACCCAACCCAAUGCCGUGCAUGUGUCGAUCAAGAACUUGGAAACCGAUCGUAAAGUGUCGAGGGUCAUCACCCAGAAUGUGGACAGUUUGCAUUACAAAGCUGGAAGUGAAAAUGUUACUGAACUACAUGGCACAGCCUUUCGUGUAAUCUGCUUGGAUUGUGAGGCGAGGUUCGACCGUCACUUCAUACAGGAGAAGAUCCACAAGGAGAAUCCUUUGAUUAGUGACACAAGUGACAUGAUAAGGCCUGAUGGUGACGUUGAGAUACCACAAGAAAGCAUCGACAACUUCGUAACACCAACGUGUGAUUCAUGCGGAGGCAUUCUAAAACCCGACAUCGUAUUUUUCGGCGACAACGUGCCCAGAGUUCGAGUGGAAGAGGUGAGGCAGUGUGUAUCACAGAGUGACAGUUUGUUGGUACUAGGGAGCAGCUUGUCCGUAUUUUCGGGCUACCGAAUUGUCUUACAAGCUGUGGAGGAACGGAAGAAUGUUUGUAUAGUCAAUAUAGGACCAACCAGAGCUGACAAACUUGACAUUUUAAAAAUAUCCGCCAAGUGUGGUGAUAUAAUACCAAAAAUUUGUUGAUUUGUACACAAUAAAUGAAUAUUUGUUACGUAA